AUGUCUAUUCCGGGGAUCCGUAUCCAAGAAGCCGGUCUGGACGAGGAGUCAGACGGCCAGUACCAUGUACAAAAUCCAUUUGUGACUUCCAGCGAGCGGAGAGCCCGGGAGUCUAGGGAAUACAGACGAAGAACCCGACUGCUGAUACCUUCAAGGAAGCUGGACACUUCUUCUUUGGAGCCCAUCUCGCGAUCCACCUCCGUAAAUAGAGCCUUGCCUGACUACGUCGAGGAGCAUGUGCCGCCGGAGGACUUUGACUUUUUGGAUCACGCUGUGGACUCCGACUUCCAGGCGGUCCAAGACGGAAUAAGCUACGCCUUGGGCUCCAAGGAUCAACUGGGGACAUGGAAAGUGGGCUCGAGUCCGAAAGAGGAACUACCGGACGAAACAAACUACUUUGAUCGUUACCCCGAAACGCAUCCCGAUUACACCCCAGACAAGGACUUGACGUAUGACAUUCCGUUGAUCACAUUCAACCAGCCCGAUUCGUCGCCUCCUGCGUCAGGCAGACCACAGUUGAAGCUUUCAACACAAGACUUGGACGUGUUGGAAGCGGGCGCCUACAAAACGCUGCCCAAACCGCCUCAAUCACCAUCGAAACUUCCUGGCAUAUUCACAAGAAUGUCUAACAGAAUCGCCGGUGACAACAACCCUCCUCCUACUCCCAGCACAGAUAAACACACGUCGUUCAAUGACCUCUUGAACCCCGUGCCAUCGCCGAAGUCGGCCACAUCACCCAAAUCUACAACCCAGGAUCUGUAUUUUGGCGACGCUCGGUCUGAAAACUACAGCGACGCUCAAAGUGGCCAGCUGGUAGCAGAAGAGUCCAUCAGGUCCGGCCCUACGCUAUCAACGGAAGGUAAUGUGAACAUUAGUAACCCCACGCUUCAAAGAACACAUUCGGAAGCUAGACUGGGUAUCAACGUCGGAACUGCUCCUGUCACGGCGGCAGCGGCUCCUCUUUUUUCGUCAUCAAGAAGAACGGAGAGGUUUGAUCAUCUUUACCUUUAUGGUAACUCGUUGGGUAUCUUUAGCAAGACCAACAAGCUACGUAUCAUGUGCCACCGAUUGCUGUCGCAUCCAAUGACGAGUCCAGGUCUCCUAUUGUUACUUAUAUUUCAGACUGUCUUACUAUCUUACAGAGAGUGGAACCCUGAAGCCUUGGAUGGGUACUACUAUUCAGGUUACAAUUGGGCUGACUAUAUUUUAAUGGGUAUCAACAUUGUUUACACGGCAGAAAUCUUUGCUAAAAUCGUUGCAUAUGGCUUCAUCUCUGACAGAGUCAUGUUCGAUGAGUUGGGCUUAGAAUAUCCUCUGACGGGAUUUAUCCUGUCGGCGAAAAACAUUGUUAACAACAUCCCAUUCACAUCCAUCAUCCAAAACACAUUCUACAAGAGAAAGUUGAAGGCGCGUAUGCUGGCAUACCCUUCUGAUCUCAAUGGUAAAGAUGAUAGAUUUCUGCCCGAAGCACAGUAUGAUCACCAUGCUUCUCAUAGUCGCCAAAGCUCAUCAUCUGCUGCAUCCAUCACAGAAGACGCCCAGCCAAACAGAAACUUCAAAUCCCACAACACAUUUUUGCAGUCUACAAAGAUAAGAAGAAAAGUCGACGAGAUGAAUUUGCAUCGUGCUUAUCUACGCACAAGUUGGCAGGUCAUUGAUUUCAUCUCGAUGGUUUGUUUUUGGAUCUCUCUUCCAUUGUCCAUCAACCACUACGAUGCCAAGCACCAUAUCUUUCACUUCAGAGCACUCAGCUGUCUAAGGAUCUUGCGUCUUUGUAACUUGACCACUGGUACGAAUAUCAUUCUUCGUGCUAUCCAUUCCGCCAUUCCACAGCUUGUUGAUGUUUCGCUUUUCAUUUGUUGUUUUUGGGUAAUUUUUGGUAUUGUUGGAGUUCAGUCUUUCAAGUCCUCAUUGAGUCGUCAUUGUCAAUGGACAAACCCAGAUGACCCCACCGAAACGUAUCUCAACUCAGAUCUGUAUUGUGGGUCAUUCAUUGGUAGGGACGGGUUUGUCCGAUCUUACCUUGAAAGAGAUGGAUCGUCUUCAGGCGACAUUAAGGGAUUCCGCUGCCCAAUGUACUCCGUUUGCCAAUCUGGUGAAAACCCGUACGGCGGUACUGUUAAUUUUGACAAUAUCUUGCAAUCGAUGCAAUUGGUGUUCGUCAUCAUGAGUGCAAACACUUUCACGGAUCUCAUGUAUUAUACCAUGGACUCAGACAACAUUGGAUCCUCGUUAUUUUUCAUCUUCGCCAUCUUCAUUUUAACUGUUUGGUUGUUGAACGUCUUUAUUGCAGUUAUCGUUACUUCUUUCAACAUUGCUCAAAUGGAAGAUGCUGAAGACAAGAAAAGAAAAGAUGAGGGUCGCAGAACAUCUUUGCUUGCAAUCUUCGGCUUCAAUGAUAAACUUCAUAACCAGAAAGUUUAUCCUUUGAUCCAAAAAAGAGCUUACUUGAGGUUUUACUACAAGCUCGAAAUAUUCUUUGUGAUACUUAUCGCGGCAGAUUUGAUUAUCCAAGCCCUCAGGCAACAGGGAAUGUCUGAUAGUAGGGCGCAUGGUCUUUACCGAUUCGAAGCGGCAGUGACAGCGACUUUAUUUGCAGAGAUUGUCAUCAGAUUUGCUCUCUACUACCCCCAUUACCGCGUCUUCUUCAUGUCAAGAAGAAACUCCUUCGACUUGUUUUUGGCGAUUGCUACCGGAAUUAUUGUUUUAGGACCAGUCAAAUCACACCUUGGGCACGCAUAUUAUUGGUUAACAGUGUUCCAAAUUGCAAGGUUUUAUAGAGUGGUUCUUGCAGUUGGAAUUACCAGAAACCUCUGGAUGAAGCUCACGAAUAAUAUCAAGGCCAUCUUUGAUUUGGCAUUGUUCUACUACAUUUUGUUGUUCCUUCUGAGUAUCAUUUUGACGCGUUACUUUGAAGGAACCGCUGGUUUAGCAGAGACCACAGAAGACUUCUUUGGAUCCAUGUACACAUUACCCAAUUCUUUCAUGUCACUUUACGUGAUUACAACCACUGAAAAUUGGACCUCCACUGUUUAUGGCUUACAAGAGAAUGCCAAAUCAGUAGCUCUGAGGGCUUUUGGAACCGUCUUCUUGUACAUUUGGUUCGUUAUGUCUAACACCGUUAUCUUGGGUAUUUUCAUUGCGGUUAUCGCGAGAACCUUGGAAGUGUCAGAAGAGGGCAAACGCAAACAGCAGUUGGUACAGUUCAUCGAGGAUAUGACAAAACGUCUUCAAAGUGUUUCCAGUGAGACCGGUCUUCUUUCCAAAAUGAAACAAAAGGUUUUCAAAAGAAAAGAUGAUAAGAAUGUUGAGCGGGCGAUCACUAAUCUUUUGUUGUCAGGAACUGCAGUGAAUGAGUUUUUAGAAAAGGAUAUUGAGCCAGAGGAAGUUGAUAAUGAGGAGAUGAGACCACUUCCAAGAAAUCCAGUGCAGAGAUGGCUUGCUAUCAACUUUGCAAGAAUGUCUGAUCUCGUUAAGAACCCAUUUUAUGCAUCGAAGAAGAAAACUACUCCGCUUGAGAGCUUCGACCCAGCACAAUUCGCAAGGAAUGUUAUCACUGAAAGAAACCAGCUUGUCAAUCAGCAAGACAAAUAUUUGAGAGAAAAUCCGAUGUUUAACACGGUCUUCUACAUGUUGGGUCCACGUCACAGAUUGAGGAGGUUUUGUCAACGUCUUGUUUUCUCAAGUCACGGCGAAAGAAUUGAUGGCGUUGAGCCGAACAAGACUGUGGGAGAGAUCUUCAUCGCUUUCAUGUUCCUCUCUACCGUGGGAAUUGUUGUGACAACCUGUGUCCUCACACCUUUGUUCAGGAGAGACAUCAUGAAUGAUCAGGGUAAAUGGAAUUGGGCUUUCUUUGUCGAUGCCGUUUUCAUCACAAUUUUUACAUCUGAGUUAUUCAUCAAGAUUACUGCAGACGGAAUAAUUUUCACGCCGAACGCAUAUAUGAGAUCGUCAUGGAAUUGGAUCGAUCUUAUUGCAUUGACUUCAUUGUGGAUUGAAUUCAUAUCGGUGUUAAAAAAUGAUGGUCACUUAUCCAGAAUUGUUCGUGGUUUGAAGGCAUUGAGAGCUCUUAGAUUGUUAACAAUUUCUGAAAGAGCGAAAAGUAACUUCCAUUACACCAUGAUUUCUGGUUUCGGGAAAAUCAUGAGUGCAGCCCUUAUCUCCAUUACAUUAUUGUUUCCCUUUUCCCUUUGGGGUCUUAACAUCUUCAAUGGCAGACUUGGAAGCUGUACCAAUGAUGCACUUCAUGACUAUGAGUGCUUCAAUGAGUUCUCUAAUGAAAUAUUCAAUUGGGAAGUUGUUUCACCUAACGCCUAUGUGGAACCAUUUCUCAAUCUCAAUGACUUUGCUACUUCCAUUUCUACCCUUUACCAAAUUGUCUCUUUAGAGGGUUGGACAGAAUUGCUUAUGCAAGUGAUGCUGAGCACAGGAGAAGGGUCACCUCCAGAGUUAUUUGCAUCUCCUUUUAAUGGAGUGUUCGUCAUCCUAUUCAAUAACGUGAGUAUUGUCUUUAUCUUGACAUUGUUUGUCUCUGUGAUCAUCGAUAACUACUCACGUGUGACGGGACGGGCCUAUUUGACGAAGAACCAGAUUCAGUGGUAUCAAGUGAAGAAGUUUUUAAAACAAGUGCGCCCAUCCAAGAGGAAGGAUUUGUCGUCGUUGACAGGUUUUAAGAGGAUCUGCUACAACCUUGCCGUCGAGAAAAAUACUGUUUGGUGGCAGAUAAUGAGCACAUGCCUUUUCCUCCAUAUUCUCGCCUUGCUAGUUGAAACAUUCCCAGAAGCUGGGGGACUUAAUCUCGGUCGUUACAUCUUCUUGAUGAUUUCUUCCACUGUCUUCACAAUGAACUCAAUCAUGUUGGCAUAUGCCCUUGGAUACAAGAGUUUUGCUGCAAACAAAUGGAACAUUUUCCAGGCCUUCGUCUCCAUUGGCGCUUGCGUCACAACUAUUCUUUCAUUCCCAAUUGACUCCGGCUCCGUUUUCAUUAACUUCAACAAAUUGUUCUUGGUUGCCAUGCUUAUUUUCAUUUUCCCAAGAAGCAAUAAGUUAUCUCAACUUUUGCGGUUUGCUUCAGCGUCAUUCCCAUCAUUAGCAUCCUUGAUCUUCACAUGGUUUGUUGUCUUCAUGGUAUAUGCCAUUGCGAUGAAUCAAAUUUUUGGUAUGACCAAGACCGGAUCGAACACAACUGGAAACAUCAACUUACGGUCAGUUCCAAAAGCAUUGAUCUUAUUAUUCAGAUGCUCAUUUGGAGAAGGCUGGAACGAUAUCAUGAGUGAUUUCCUCGUGGAGGCUCCUUUCUGUACUGCUGAUCAGACAAUUGAUGAUUCAGAUUGCGGAAGUCAACAGUACGCGUACAUCUUGUUCAUGUCAUGGAAUGUCAUAUCGAUGUAUAUUUUCGUCAAUCUUUUCGUUUCAUUGAUCUUGGACAGUUUCAGUUACAUCAACUCCGGAUCUGAUUAUGUUGAUUUAAUUAGUCGAGAGGAAAUCAGAAAGUUCAAGAGAGCUUGGCAGAAGUUUGACCCUAACGGAACAGGAUUCAUCAAGCCAUACGAUUUACCUAAGUUCUUACACUCCCUUACUGGGUCAUUGAGUUUCCGAUUCUACUCCGGAGAUUUGUCGAUUCCGGAGCUCUGCCAUAGAUGGAUUAAGAGGAACAACCCUCAUGAUCUAUAUGAUGUCACUGUGAAUUAUGAUGAAGUCGAGAGGAUUACCAAUCGAAUGGAUAUUCCAAAAAUUCAGGAGAGGAGAAAAGAGUACGAGAGAUUCUUGGAGGAAGCACUUAUGAACAUGGAAGUGCACGACGAGCCAGGAAUUUCCUUCACACGUAUUCUCCUUCAGAUCCCUCUUUACAACUCUUUCGAUGCUGGCCAAUGUCUCAUCCUUCUCGACUUCUUAGACAGAAGGCUCUUCUACCAAAAGCUUGAGAAGAGAAUGAAGGUGAAGAGAGUUUACGAAACUAUUGCAGCUUUUACCUGCCGCUGGAAGUAUGUGGAGAACCAGAGACAUGGCGUCCGUGACACCAACAUUGGUUUCGACACAGAGCUCAGGAGAACCAGCUAUUUCGUAAACGAGGACCUUUCAUCCACAAAAGAGCCACUUGAUGUACAUGACGAGGUCAGUGUUUCCGAUACAGAAGACGAGUCCUACUCAGAUUCGGAAACGGCCCCCUUGAGCAAAGACCACCACAAAGCACGCAAGGGCGACUAUUAUAUUCCUAAAUCACCAGUUCAUCUUUUGAAGGGCAUGGAGAGGUUUGGCCAUGAUCAUGAUCACCUUCACCAACCAUUUGAUGAUUCACACUCAGUGUCUCAAUUAAGCCCAUCUAUCGGUCGGCUGCCUCCAUGGGAAGCUACCGGUCAUGGCGACGAUAGGAGCAACCUAUCUGCACUUGAUCUUUCUACAAUCGGAGAGACUUUGGAAAACAGUAGCUGGGCAGAUGCAUACAGAGAAGUUACAAGCAAGGGAUCCUCGUCCCAUAAGGACACCUCCCGCCGUGCAUCCAGUUACGGGCUGGAGUAUUCAUACCGAAGCCGUACGGACGAAGACAAGAAAUCUUCUUAA